UCCCGCCACUCCGGCGGCUGCGCGUGGGCAUCAGUGAGAGAGUUCCAUAUAAAAGCUCCCGCAUCCUCCUCUGUCUCUGACACUCUCUGUUUGAAUGAUACAGUGUCUCCUACUCCUCCUUCUCCUCCUCUCCUCCUGUGUUUUCUCGGAAAUAUUUUCCUGCAGUAUAAAUUCAAGUUGUCGUCUAUGGUUCUGACUCAAGCUUCCAAAAUGUCCCGGACCGAUGAGGUGCACCGUAUAACGGAGAAUGUCUAUAAGUCCAUCAUGGAGCAGUUCAACCCUUGCUUAAGGAACUUUGUUGCCAUGGGGAAGACUUACGAGAAGGCCCUCUCUAGUGUGACAUUUGCAGCAAAAGGCUACUUCGACGCACUGGUGCGGAUGGGAGAGCUGGCCAGCGAGAGUCACGGCUCUAAGGAUCUUGAAGAGGCAGCAUGGGAUGUGCUUUUUCAGAUGGCGGAGGUUCACAGACAGAUCCAGAUGCAGCUAGAGGACAUGCUGAAAUCAUUCCACAAUGAACUGCUCACAGAACUGGAGACUGCAGCUCUGAAGAAAUACCAGAUGGAACACAAAAAUAAAGGAGAGAGUCUGGAGAAGUGCCAGGCUGAGCUGAAGAAACUGCGCAGGAAGAGUCAAGGCAGCAAGAACCCCUCCAAAUAUGGAGACAAGGAGAUGCAGUACGUCGAGACCAUCAGCAGCAAACAAAAUGAGCUGGAUAACUACAUCUCUGAGAGCUACAAGAACGCUCUGUCCGAAGAGAGACGGAGGUAUUGCUUCCUCGUUGACCGUCAAUGUGCAUUGGCCAAAACAAGCAACGCCUACCACACCAAGGGCAGAGACUUGCUGACGCAAAAGAUCCCAUUGUGGCAACAAGCGUGUGCCGAUCCAAAUAAACUCCCAGAGCGGGCAAUGCUUCUAGCUCAGCAAAUGGGCUCAGGAGCGUCAGGGACACUGGGACCCAGUGUCCACCACACCUCUAAAUCUAGCCUGACCAUCUCAGACCCCAUCCCUGGGGCCAAGCCACUUCCUGUGCCACCUGAGCUCGCAGCUCUCAUGGGGAACCAACAGACGAGGAUGAUGGGAGUAGAUGGUGUUCCCAUGGUGAAUGGCUCAGGGGUCCAUGGGGGAGAAGACUACCAACGCUGGAUGGAGACCAGAGCCGCACACGAGAAACCGGCCCACAGACACGGUGGAGAGACCUUCUCCAACACCCUGCCUGUCCGCAAAGUUGCGCCUGUAAAGCCCAAGAAUACUUUGGCAGAGACACAGACCCUCCCCAGGUCUAGCUCAAUGGCAGCUGAGCUGGAGAGAAAUGGACGGACACGCGUUCAGGCCCUCUUCUCUCAUGCCGCCGGGGACAACAGCACACUCCUCAGCUUUAUGGAAGGAGACAUCAUUACACUGUUGGUGCCUGAAGCCCGGGACGGCUGGCACUACGGCGAAAACGAGAAAAACAGAAUGAGAGGCUGGUUCCCGUUCUCCUAUACCCGCGUGAUUCCUGAACCAGACAGCAAUAAACUCCACGUCAGUUUGCAGCAUAGCAGGAGCAGCAGCACAGGAAAUCUUCUGGAGAGAGAGAUGGCGUUGCCGACACCUGAUUACGGCAUGCCCACACGCUUCCUCAGCCAGCAGCAGAGCACACCACACAGCCGACAGAGACCAUACAGCGUGGCAGUGCCAGGAUUCUCACAACAAGGGUUGGAGGAGUACGAGUCUCGAUUCCAAACGAGAGUGACGGAUCCUCUCCAAUUCACCACAUUUGCGCUCACAUCUCGCCAAAGACAAAGCAAUUCCAACAGCAAGCAGAAACCCAAACUCAUUAUAACCGAAGACCUAGGAUCUCGACUCCCUUAUUAGGACAUCAAUGUUUCAAACACAUUUUUGCAUGUCACAUGGACUAGAGCUAUACUGUACAGAACUUUCUUACAGCAAA